CACUUUUCAUAGUCUGCAAGAACAAAAGAAAUAGCUCAGGAGUCUAGUGCUUGCAGUAGCUGUAGCAAGGUGUUUCUUGCAGCGCGGUCUUGCAGGAACACGUCUGUAUUAACCAUGAGGGCAAGCACUGUGCUUUUACUAGCGGUCGUGUUGCUAGCAGUGUUGAUAGAGGUCAGUGAAGGCCUAGAUAGAAAGGAGAAUGAAGUGAAAGAAGUAAAGGAGAUUUCACAAGAAGAGAAAGAAGUUGAUGCUCCCAAGAAUGACCCGCAUUGGUGGGGACACAAGCAUAGAAGAAGGCGCUACUGCAGCCGCGUAAACUGCCAGACCAGCAACUGGAGCCACUGGGGUUCCUGCCAUUACCAUAGCACACAGUCUCGUAGCAGGAAUAUCAUCAAGAAUGCCGCCUGUGGGGGGUCCCCCUGUGGAGCUCUGAGGCAGACGAAGCGCUGUAAUCCAGUUGUUCACGGAGGAUGGGCCCGCUGGAGUGGAUGGCACAGAUGUAAUAAGAACUGUGGUGGCGGCAUCCAGUACCGCUACAGGACUUGCACCAGCCCCCGCCCGGCCAAUGGCGGUCGCUACUGUCACGGUUCAAGCAAGCAGUCACGCACGUGUAACACACGCCCAUGUCGAGUGAAUGGCGGCUGGUCAAAGUGGUGCUCCUGGCACGCGUGCUCAAAGACUUGUGGGUACGGCGUGAGGAGCAGAUACCGAACCUGUACCAGUCCACGCCCGGCUAACGGUGGCCGCUCGUGUCGUGGACCUAGCAAGCAGACUGCUCGGUGCAAAGUGCGAAACUGCCCUCGGCACGGAGGUUGGGCUCGCUGGAGUGGAUGGCGCAAAUGUUCUAAGACUUGUGGCGGCGGAAUCCAGUACCGCUACAGGACUUGUACCAGACCCCGCCCGGCCUAUGGCGGUCGCUACUGUCACGGGUCCAGCAAUGAGUCACGCAAGUGUAACACACGCCCAUGUCCAGCUCACGGAGGCUGGUCCAGCUGGGGGGCGUGGCACGCAUGUUCCAAGACAUGCGGUAAAGGGGUAACAUAUCGGACACGGACAUGCCACAAUGGUUAUUACCACUACCACCACAAGUGCCCAGGACCGGACAAAGAGACCAAAGACUGCUUUGAGAAACACUGUCCUGUGAAUGGUGGCUGGUCGGCUUGGGAGGAUCAGCAUCCUUGUUCCCGGACAUGUGGCCAUGGACAUAAGCACCGGACACGUACAUGUACUAACCCCAAACCGGCGUAUGGUGGCCUAGACUGCCCAGGGAGCAGCUCCCAGUCUGUGGAUUGUCAUGUGCGCGACUGCCCGAUCAAUUACGAACACAAGGGAUGCUUCACCGACCGCUCGCAAAGAACCAUGGGAGAGCUCAUACUCCGCAAAGGCGCACAGGACCCUAUCAAAGCUUGUGCACUAGCGGUGCGCAAUAGCAACGCUGCGUACGAAUGCUUUGGCCUUCAGAACGAUGGAGAGUGCUGGACUAGCCGUGAUGCCGCAGAGUCGUACAACAAGUACGGAUACAGCCAAAACUGCAAGAACGGCCUCGGUGGGGGUUGGGCCAACGACGUCUAUUGUUUUAACUCGAAUAAAGUAACGACACCUCUGCCAACACAUGGGCCUGCCCCCAAACCACCUGCUCCCAAGCCCAGUACAGGGUCUCCCGCGGCGUGCUAUUCCGCGUGGAGUGAGUGGAGCGGCUGCUCAGCAGGCUGUGGUUGUGGCAAACAAUUCAGAGUGCGAUUCUGUAAAUGUCCCGUAUGUACAGACAUCACACAGGAAUCCCGUCAAUGCAACUGCGACAAAUGCCCUGGGCCUUAGGAUGAAAAGGAAAACGACUGUAACCAAGCCGGAGAGGCUCAUACCAAAGCAGAAGAAAAUCCAGCAUGUGAUUUAGAAAAUUGAUUUUGGAAUUAGGAACCGAAAAGAAGCUCAUUCCGUACUUAGAAGAAAAAUUCACAGUAAGAGGGUUUUACGUAAGUGUAAGUUUUAUCUUUAUGCUUUAGAAAAUUGAUUAUAAACAAGGAACCUAGAAGCAUUACAUAAGAAGUUUAUAGUGGUGUUUGUGUAGUGAUGUCAACAGUGUAUGUGAUCACAUGCUAGAUUUAGGGAUGAAAUAAAAAAUAAUGGCUUUGAUAUAGUAAUAAACAGAACAUCCAUCAAA